AUGAAAGAGAACACGGGUUCUGCUAAUAUAAAUAUAAAACAGAUUGUGAUGUGUUGUUGUUUUUUGGUAUUUGGUGAAUGGCAGAGUAUAUUACCAUGGCAAGUUAAAACAACUUUAUUAGAACUGUCUGAUCAGUUUGAUAUUCAAUCUGUAAGAGGUACACCAAAACCAAUUUAUAGACACGAUUUAAGAGACGAUUAUGUAGCAUAUUGGUAUAUAGAGAUUAAUACUGAUGAAUAUGUUAUUCUAUCAUCCAGUUCCGAAACAGGUGAUUAUAAACUGGUAAUACAAGGUAGUGCACCAUCAAUGUUAGAUCAAGUUGAUAAAAUGGCGUUGUUAAAGAAGAGUAAAUGUAGUAAAUAUUAUAUGAUGACCCCGACACCAGAUAUUGAUAUAGCUUGUUAUUCUGAUCAUGAACAGAUGAUAUUCCAUAAGAAUAGCGUCCACUAUAGCAAAGACGACUACAGUACACUCAAAAAACUGUGGGAAAACCAAAGACAAGACGUAAUCCGAGAAGGAAUAUGGGAAAAGUCGAUUUUUAACAAGCAUCAACAGGCUUCGUAUUAUCAUGUUAUCGAAGAUAGUCAUAAAAUCGUCGUUGGCGACAACCAUCAAAUCGGUAUCAAAUCUAUGAAUGAUGGAGAAGUUACCUCAGAAGAAAGUCACACAAAGUUAUGUGAUCUCCUGAAGAUUUGUCACCCAGAUGAUGAUAAACUGGUAGAUUCUUCUAAGCUUGAUAAAACCAAGUAUGGACAAGCUUUCCUUGAGAUAUAUGUACCAGAGAAUGUCAGGACCGUUCAUUAUUUUGAAAUCGUCGGACAGGACCAAGGUGAAAAAUACGGACGAAAGUUGAUGAUCGAUUCAAAGCAGAGACAUAAACGUCAAACCACAUCUUGGACAGAAUAUUCAAUCAAUGAUGAAUAUCUCUUUCCCGACUAUAACCAACACGACCACGGCUGUAAGAAAGGGUGGUUCUUUAACAGAAACAAAGUAAAAUGUUGCGCAGUUGGUUGCGGACCAGUGGCCUGGGCUAUGAUUUUAGGUUAUUAUGAUCGACGGUCUCACACUAAGAGUGGAACAUAUGGUACCGGAAGUCAAUCGCUGUACAGAUGUAGCUCUGAUGCCACUUCUGGAUCUUCCAGUUGUAAGGCGCCAUCUUAUACUACAAGCACAGUAAAAAAGCUAACCGAAUACCUAAAUGACGAGUUGAAAACAUUCUGUUUGAGCGGGCAAGGAGCAACUACGCAAGGCAACAUGAAAAGGUUUGAAAGUUACUUCAAAUCGCACCAAACGUCGGGUAGUCCUUCUGUAAUUGUUCAUUCUAAGGGCCUUGUUAGUCUAGUUGGAACAUAUAAUGACGGCAUUCGAGAUUCAGCUUUGAGCUACCUACGUUCAAAAUGGCCAGUUGUUGUUGGUAUUAGAGUUAGUGGCAUAUUUUCACAACACUACCCUGUUGCUACUAAAUACAGGAUUCGACAAAAACGGGAAUGCAAGAAGAACUUCUGGGGCAAGACAAAAUGCAAGAAUAUAACAGAGAGAGACAUGUACCUACACAUGGGUUGGGGAGGAAGUAGUAAUGGUUGGAGGGCAGCUAAAAUGUUCUUUGCUGGCGUUGCACGCUACUAAAUUCUGAUUUAUAACUAACAAUGUGCUAUACGAAAUCCAUAUUAUUUUUACUUUGUUAUCUAAAAUAAUCUUGUUAUUGUGAUUUCUAUUGUUUUAAAAGAGAUAUAGUUUUGUAUUUGGUAACUGUCAUAUAAUAACAUACAAUAACAAAC